AGCAGCGACGUAAUGACGUCACGGCCCUACGUCGCUGUGGAGGAAUGUGCGGAAACUUCUGUUCACUUUUCUGUCUGCGCUGUUCGUCGAGGGAAAAAGUACAAAAGUGGACAAAAACUCCACUAAAGUUCGAGUAAAGUUUGGAUGUGAAGUGUCGGUUCUCUUUCUGCUGAGGUGAACAGCUGAAGGUGACAUGGCCGCUCAGACGGUGUUCUCGGUGGAGAUGUUCCCUGUGGGUGUCUCUAUGAUGGAGGACGGGCAGAGUCUCAGCGACAUGCCCAGGAACACGCUGCCCGCCCCUCAGCUGGUGAUGCUGGCCAACGUGGCAGCGGUGACGGCGGCAGAGAGCGGCGGUGGCGAAGGCAGCGCUGCAGACGAGAAGGAGAUGAUGGAGCUGAAGACGGUGGGAUGCAGCUACUCAGACAGUGAGGACGAGAGCAUCAUCAGGUACAGCUACGACAACCAGAACCAGAGAGAAGUCUGCAUCAUCGAGUAUCCUGAGUCUCCAGGCCUGACUGCUGAAGGCGUGGUAGUUGGAAACAGCGCUGAGGGAAAUGGGGGCGACAAAGCUGAAGACCUGUCCCGCCGGCCUCAGCCCCACCCACCUGCUGCCGCCACCACCGGUUCUGCCAAACCACCUCAGCAGGGUGCCAAACACAAAGAGCCCCCCAGUGCCACAGAGAGCGCCAAGAAGAAGAAGCCCUUCCACUGCAAACCAUGCCACUUCCAGGCCCAGAAUGAGCAGGAGUUUGUGGAGCACCUCGGCACCCACAGCAUCAGCAAGAUGUUGGUGGUAAACCGUGUGGAGGGGCGUAGCAAGACCAAGGCCAAGGAGGCGGAGCCGCCCGUGUCCCAAGCUCCAGCAGGUGGGGGGGCCGACAGCAGUGGGGAGACGACGACAGCAGGCGACAUCAAGGGGCUGAUCAGGUGUGAGCGGUGCGGCUACAACACCAACCGAUACGACCACUACAUCGCCCACCUGAAACACCACAGCAAGGAGGGAGAGGACCACAGGGUUUUUAAGUGCACCCUGUGUCCGUAUACCACCGUCAGUCAGUACCACUGGAGGAAACACCUGAGGAAUCACUUCCCCAGCAAACUGCACACCUGCAGUCAGUGUUCCUACUUCUCAGACCGCAAGAGCAACUACAUCCAGCACAUCCGGACUCACACUGGUGUCCGUCCUUUCCAGUGCCUGUACUGCGACUACUCCAGCUCUCAGAAGACCCACCUGACCAGACAUAUGAGGACUCACUCAGGUGAACGUCCUUUCAAGUGUGAGAGCUGCACCUACUUGGCAGCCAAUCAGCAUGAAGUGACCCGGCACGCUCGGCAGGUCCACAACGGCCCUAAACCUCUGUCCUGUCCCUACUGCGAGUACAAGACAGCCGACCGCAGCAACUUCAAGAAGCACGUCGAGCUGCACCUCAACCCUCGCCAGUUUCUCUGUCCACUCUGCAAGUAUGCGGCCUCCAAGAAGUGCAACCUGCAAUACCACAUUAAGUCCCGGCACUCCGGCUGCAACGUUGCCGUUGACGUUUCCAAGGUCAAGCUGCGUGUCAAGAAACCUGGUCCUGAUGAGGAAAACACUGACUCCAAAGCUAACAAGUUUGACAAUUCCUCAAGCAUCGAGGAGGACUUUGACAUGGAAGACAAGGAUGAGGACGAGGACUCGAGCCCAAUCAAUCUGUCAAUCAGAAAGAUUGGCAGGUCCAGUGUUAGCCAGCCGGUGCAGAGUGAAACACCUGACAAGGCUCAGAAGAAAUUGAACAUCACUUCUGAAAAAUCCUCAAAGGUGAAGGACAAAGUGGAACCGGAGAAAAAGAUUGCAACGAGGCAGAAAAGGGUGAACGGGAGUCAAGCGGUGAACACAUCUGUUAAAGAAACCCAGACGGAGGUAACAACUGCCAUAGAUACAGACAUCAAGGUGAAGAGGCGAGUCAAGAAGCCCCCGGCAGAUAAAAUAGUAGUCCAGGACCAAGCUGAACCACAAAAACAUCAAAUAGAGCCAGAGAAACUCGAUAAACAAAGAUCGGAUGAGGCCAGAUCAGUGAGACUGAAGGUGGAUAAAGAAGAUCAGAAGAGCAACAGCAGUGGGAGGGAGAACAAGAGCCUUAGCAAACCUCGCAAGUCUGCAUCCAAGAAAUCAGAGAAAACUCCAGAACACGUUGAUGAAGCCGGACAGAAACCGGACAGUGCUGCAAGAACUCAGAAAGAGAAGUUGGCUAAGGACAAGGCUGUAAAGAGGAAAGCUGUGGAAGCUUUAGAUCUGUCCAGCAAGUCCUCUUCUGAGACCCCGUCCAAGACCAGGCGUCUGAAAGCCUUGAAAUCUGCUUCAGAAGACAUAACCAAGACCAACGAGUCCAGUCCAACGACACACAAGUCUGCUGGAGCGACAACAGGAAAGCAGAAGAAGACCAGGAGUUCCAACAAGAAGGCCACAAGUCUGCAACAAACCACAAAAGAGAGGUCAGCGUCUGACAUCAGGCUGUCCUCUGAGGCUCCAGAAGCUUCUGCUCAGCUGGACGACCUGACACCAGCCACCACCACUGACCCGACAGAAACCACCACCUUUACAGACCAAACCACUCUGGCAGAGCCAGAGAAAAGUCUGGAUGUUUCCCCCAGCAGCAGCUCCAGUGAGGAUACACCUUCUCCAGCUGAGGACCGGCCUGUGCCGACCUUUGUGAAGCCCACAUCACCGCCAUCUCUGGUGCUUCCAGGCCAGCGAAGCAAAGCCGCUGACCCCGAGGACGAUGAGGGCAUACACAGCAGCCACGAAGGGGGAAGCGACAUUAGCGACAGCGCCUCCGAGGGCAGCGACGACUCUGGCCUGAACGGUAACAGCGCCGUUUCCGGUAAGAUGGCCAAUGACCCUGAAACGCCCACCGACGAGAUCCCAACGCCGACGGAGCUCAAGAGUCACAUGUGCAUCUUCUGCGACCGUACGUUCCCUUUGGAGGGGGAGUACCGCCGCCACCUGAACCGCCACCUUGUCAACGUCUACUACAUGGAUGCCAAAGCUCAGAAAUAAGGAGCUGUAUGCAUGGCAACGCUCAAAAGUGUGAGAACAGAAACCAGGUUAUCACAGUUAACUGCUGAGUGUCUUUACAUUUAAACACAUCACGGCAUGAGGUCCAAGCACCAACACUGCAGCACCGCUGUCAAACUCAUAGAACCUACAAAACAUUUCACCAUCUUCAAACAUCAGCCACAGAGUUUCAUUUAUGUUUGCGCCAGGUGGUGGUGCUCUCUCAGAGUGACUGUUAGAUGUUUUUAUUGGUCCUACAGCGUCCUGAACUGCCAUCAGAUUUGGUGAAAUCAUUCUGAUGGUCCAGAGACCAGGCUCUGAAGAGCUCUGGGGCGGCGCUUGGUGUUCGGGCUUCACUGUUAUCAACUGCAGAGAUUCAGUCUCUGGACACGCUAUGACAUCAUCAUCAUCUAUCUCAUGUGUUUUUUGAAAAUGCUGAUUUGGUGCAUCAGCUUUGUAAGAUUUUCAUCAUUUCUCUCAAUGAAGUUUAUCAUCAUAUCAAAUAUUUCAUGAUCACAGCUCAACAUCUGGAGAUGGAACUGUUCUACUGGGUAACCCUCUGAACUCCUUUUUUAUUUCUCAUCACUGCAAGCUCAGUAUAAAGUCCUGCACCCCUAUGGAAGCAACACAACAUGACUAGACGGAGAAUGAACUUAGAAAUGUGUUCCUUGUGGUAUGACACAAUUAAAAUGAGACGAAGUCAGGAAAAAAAAGCAGAGAAACAUUUCUUUAAUUGUAUGAAAAAAAACUGGAAUCAACAUGUCCAACAUUUUUCCAAGUGUUCCCCACACUGGAAAAAAUAGAGGCUCAUUAAACUGUAGAUAUUUAACUGUUUACAUUUUUGUUUUUCACUGUUCUUUCAUCAGCUGUAGAGAGAUGUUUCACCAUGCUGAACGUGUCCUCUGUUCACUGUUUUAGAGCCAUGCUGCAUUUAUUCUAUUGACCCAGUAGGCUUUCUUUUCCUCUCUCUUGUUCUGUGCGAAGCUCUGUGGAAACACUGCCUGCAGUUCACCUGAAAACUCACAGCUGAGUCAGUCAUGGAGAUUCACUUGUGCUGGGGAGAGAAGAAGUUUUUGGUUUUUAUAAGAACUAAGUAAACACUUUAUUUUGGGCAAAUUUUUAAAUUGAGUGUUGACCUGCUUUCUGAGUUCUGUUACAAACUGCCAGUUGUACAGUCUGUGUGAACGUCAAAAAUUUCCCUUUUUAAAAACAUUCAGUGCCUUUGACAAUCAACUCUAUGUACCGUGAGACAUUGUAUUGUUUCUUUUUAUUGCUUCUCUUUAAAUUGUUUCAGUUGUUGUAUUUCUUGUCGUUUGACAGUUAAAAUCUUCAGAAAAGUUACAGAUGGUUUUGUGUUUUGCUUCUGGGGUGGUUUUAGGUGAACAGAAAAGUUGAAAGUAUUUGUUGGUUCACAGCUUCAGCCUGUGGAUGAAACCUGAAGUGUGGUUGGUUUGAUGCGAUCACACAUCAAACUGUACUUCUUAGCAGCUGAGGUGGUUAAAUCCUUAGCCUGAUCAUAACUUCAGUCUGUAUUUGGCCUAAAGAAAUAACUGGUUUCCUUGUAAAUACCUCGGUGCAAUAUUCCUUUUAGUCGAGAUGCCAAAGCGUUUCUUCUGUCUGUACAUUUCUACAGUGUUUUCAUUGAAGAACAGUUUGUCAGCCCUUAAAGGUUUAACAUAUUAGCUCACAUGUUUCUGACCAUGUAGCUGAUGUUAUUUUAUCUUUUCUUUCAUUACAAAGGACACUAAACCCAUCCUGCAAUAAAUGGGACGAAUCACAGACUCAGAGCAGAACAAACACAAGCAGUCUGCUGUUCUGGGUGAUGAAACAGAAGAAAUAAAAGAACACCAGCUUCACUCUUUAGGUUCCCAGUAACAUAUGGAACAUGUCAGGAUGACGAUUCACUGAGUCGCAGUAGUAGGAGCUCUUCAACUUAAAACUAACAGUUCAUCUGAAGCAUACUGUACUCUGCUCUUUUGAAAUAAACUUAUUCAAACUCA